AUGCGAAUUCAUUUGUUCUUGUUGUGUGGACGUUUUGCACCAAAGUCGCCGAAUUUGGCAGCCAUCCAACGUUUUCCCGCCAAAUUUCUUCAACGGCAGCCUAAAAAUGGCUUUUCGGCAGCACUAUAUUCGACAAUGGGCGUCGCCAAAGACCUGAUCAUAACGAAACGAUGCGCGCAGCGUCUGAAAGAGGUGAGUGAGUGGGUGGAUGGAUUGGUAAGUUGA